AUGUCAACAGGCCAAGUGAAUGAGCUUCUUCUUGAGGUUGGAGAGAGUCACCCCGCUUGUCAGCCUGAGGAGGAGUCCCUCGCCCUCUGCAGCCUCCUUCAAAGAAGUCACCGGUACCACCACCUCGCAGUUACCACCAUACCAAAGAAUAAAGGUAAAGGAGGUAAAAACAGACGCAGAGGUAAGAACGACAAUGAAUCUGAGAAAAGAGAGUUGGUGUUCAAGGAAGACGGACAAGAAUAUGCUCAAGUGAUCAAAAUGUUGGGAAACGGGCGAUUAGAAGCAAUGUGUUUUGAUGGUGUAAAGAGGUUUUGUCAUAUUAGGGGGAAAUUGAGAAAAAAGGUUUGGAUAAAUACCUCAGACAUCAUAUUGGUUGGCCUCCGUGAUUAUCAGGAUAACAAAGCUGAUGUAAUUUUGAAAUACAACGCAGAUGAAGCCAGAAGUCUGAAGGCAUAUGGCGAGCUUCCAGAACAUGCUAAAAUCAAUGAAACUGAUACCUUUGGGCCCGGGGAUGAUGAUGAAAUUCACUUCGAUGACAUUGGGGACGAUGAUGAAAACACUGAUGAUAUCUAGUGCAAUUCAGCAUCUUACAUUCCAGUUUUUCAGAUUGUCCAGCAGUAUGAAAUCUGGCAGCAACUCUUAAAGAAGAUUCAAAACUUAAUAGCAUGACUGUAAUUCGUUAAGGCAGACAGCCUUAUUACUAAGGUUGUUUCUUUAAAAACUGUUGACAUUAUGUUGAG